CCUUAUCAGCCAGGGCUACUAAUAUAUAGCAGUGACUGUAAUUUUCCUCGCACCUUACUCCUUGAAUUUGCAGAGAGGAAGAGCCAGAAGAUAACAGUAUUCCCCAUCAAUACACCUGAUGAGGAAAUAGAUGAACUGCUCAUAAAUGCCAUGUCAGAGGGUAGUUGGCUCUUCUUAGAGAACAUUCAAAAUUCUGCCAAGGUAAUGAUGUCAUUUGGGGAGAUCCUAAAUUCAAAGAAGAACCCAGACAAAAACUUCCGCUUGUGGCUAUCUGUUCAAGCCAGUGAAGAGCUGCCAACAAGACUGCUUCAUUACACUGUAAAAACUAUUGUGGAUAUGCCAAUGAAUAUUAGAAGA